AGGAAGGAGGGCCCAGUCAGCCGCCGGGACCCAGACGGUGCGGGGGCCCUUCCUUGAGGUGCCCCACCCUCCCCAGGGGCACCCACCUCUCCUUGCUGCCCCAGUCAACCUGUUGGGCCGGGCCGGGCAGGUCUGGAGAUGGGCGGGGAGCCCUGAGCCUCUGCACCCCUUCUCCUGCUCCUCCUGCUUUUCCCCCAACGCCUAGUGCCUGGCGCUCAGGCCUCUCUGAGCUGGGCUGCCUGGGUGCCAGAGGCCAGGAAGUUGGGGGUUCCAGGGGGUGACCCCCAAGAAGAGGGCGGCCCCUUCACGCUUGGCUGCCGGGAGCCCUCCCUGGAGCCCACGGGGUGGGGGUGCCCUCCCCAGAGGGCCGGGGCCAUGCUGCCUUGCGCCUUCUGAGGCCCCGAGUCAUGGCCCGGUCGCUGACCUGGCGCUGUUGCCCUUGGUGCCUGACGGAGGAUGAGAAGACAGCCGCCCGGAUUGACCAGGAGAUCAACAAGAUCCUCCUGGAACAGAAGAGGCGGGACCGAGGCGAGCUGAAACUGCUGCUUCUGGGCCCCGGCGAGAGCGGGAAGAGCACGUUCAUCAAGCAGAUGCGCAUCAUCCACGGGGCUGGCUACUCGGAGGAGGACCGCAAGGGCUUCCGGCGGCUCGUUUACCAGAACAUCUUCGUGUCCAUGCGGGCCAUGAUCGAGGCCAUGGACCAGCUGCAGAUCCCCUUCAGCAGGCCGGAGAGUCAGCACCACGCCAGCCUGGUCAUGAGCCAGGACCCCUACAAAGUGACCACUUUUGAGAAGCGCUAUGCGGUGGCCAUGCAGGAGCUGUGGAGGGACGCGGGCAUCCGGGCCUGCUACGAGCGCCGGCGGGAGUUCCACCUGCUCGACUCAGCAGUGUACUACCUGUCGGACCUGGAGCGCAUCGCCGAGGAGGGCUACAUCCCCACAGCCCAGGACGUGCUUCGCAGCCGUAUGCCCACCACCGGCAUCAACGAGUACUGCUUCUCUGUGCAGAAAACCAACCUCCGGAUUGUCGAUGUCGGGGGCCAGAGGUCGGAGCGCAAGAAGUGGAUCCAUUGCUUUGAGAACGUCAUCGCCCUCAUCUACCUGGCCUCGCUGAGCGAGUACGACCAGUGCCUGGAGGAGAACAACGAAGAGAACAGGAUGAAGGAGAGUCUGGCCCUCUUCGGCACGAUCCUGGAGCUGCCCUGGUUCAAAAACACAUCCGUCAUCCUCUUCCUCAACAAAACCGACAUACUGGAGGAGAAGAUCGCCACCUCCCACCUGGCUACCUACUUCCCCAGUUUCCAGGGCCCGAAGCAGGACGCAGAGGCAGCCAAGAAGUUCAUCCUGGACAUGUACACUCGCAUGUAUACCAGCUGCGUGCACGGUGCUGAUGGAGGCAGGAAGGGUCCACGUUCCCGACGUCUCUUCAGCCACUACACUUGCGCCACCGACACCCAGAACAUCCGCAAAGUCUUCAAGGACGUGCGGGACUCAGUCCUGGCCCGCUACCUCGACGAGAUCAACCUGCUGUGACCUUGGCCCCGCCUUCCUGGUCGGAUGAAAGUGUGGCAGGCAGGACAUACAGGCGGGGCCAGAGCUCAGAAAGCCGAGACACCCCACUCGUCGCUCCUGGCCCAGGUGGUGGGAGGGCCACGAAUGAGUUGGGGACGGAAAGCCAGUCGCUGCCUCUCCUCUGCCCCUCUCCAGGACAGCCUUUGGGCUACUCUCCAGACUCAGUUUACCUCCCCGGAAAAAGCACAAUGGCCACUUGGGAUGCCAGGGUGAAAGAAAAGGUGAACAGAGCAGGGGAUGGAGGACUUGGGUGGGUGGGCUCUCUUAGGAUCCCCACCUCUGGGUGUGUCCCCUCCUGGGCAGGAGUUUGGAAUCCCCCAUGGGUGAUGCACACCCCUGGGGAUGGGGCUGUGGUCCUUCAGGCCAGGGACCGGGCUCUGGCGCCCCCUAGCGGGCAGGAGGCGGUAUCUCAACCUGAAGCCUGAGUACCUCAGGUACCUCCCAAAGGAAGGUGUACUUUCUAAGAGUCGUUAUCCUGUUCAGGAUUGCAGAUGAGGGAAACUGAGGCCCACAGGCAUUCCCCCUCCUUCCCAGGCUGGGGGCCGGGUGCACUGCAUCUUAAUACUUACUGUAUUUAUUCCCUCACCUGCAGGGCCCUUGGCAGGUUGAACAUUAAAGAAAUGAUAUUAUGGAAA